GGUCGAUAUACUACGUCAUGGAUAUGAAUUGAACUAACAAAAGUAAGUCAAAUUGAUGGGGCCGAGUUGCAGCUUAGUCGCUCGAUACACGAAUACGGUUAUCUACAUAAGGAAGUAAAUGUCCAAUAUUUUCAAGAUUGGAAAGACACGCAUGUCUCUUCGAGUUCCUGCUGUGACUUUGCGGCGCAUUUCUCCAGGAGCGCCAAGGUCCAGUCAAGCGCCAAUUUACGCUAUACUCCGCCACUUUUCUAUAACAACUCCAAAGCAUCAUAUUAACAAAAAGAAAAUGGCGGGCGACGCUCCAAACGGUGCCAAUGGCAACAGCAAGAAGCAUGCCCGGACACAAUCCCAAGAGAACGUCCUAAAGCACCCGUCCACCAAGCGCGCCAAGGAGAUCGACGGGCCCGACAGCCCUUAUGGCCACCUCCAGGGCCGCAUCUCCAGCGCGAGGCCCGACGGCGCGGUAGCCAAGACCGUCCUGCACUGGUUCCGCAGCAAGGACCUCAGAGCCGAGGACAACCGCGCCCUGCACGCCGCCUCCGCCAAGGCGAAGGAGGCAAAGGCUCCGCUGCUCUCCUGCUUCCUCUUCAGCCCCGAGGACCUCGAGUGGCACGGCACGAGCCCCGCGCGAUGCGACUUCAUGCUCGAGAGUUUGAGGCUGCUGCAGGAACAGCUCGCAGAGCUCAACAUCCCGCUCGUCGUACUCACGGCGGAGAAGAGAGCCCAGAAGGGUGCAUCGGUCCUGGAACUGGUGAAGCAGCAGAAUGUCAGCCAUGUGUACGCUAACAUCGAGUAUGAGGUCGACGAGCUGAGACGGGAUCUGGACUUCUUCGACCGGUUGGAGAAGGAUGGUGAUGGUGAUGGAGAGGUAAAGUUUGUGCUUCAUCACGACCAGACCGUCGUGGAGCCCGCUACGAUCAGGACUCGUUCAGGCGGCCCGUUGAAGGUCUACACGCCCUACCACAAGGCCUGGUUGGGCGAGGUAUCAUCGAACCCAGAGCUGCUGGACACAUUGCCCGCACCGCAAGCGAAUGAUAAGUCCGUCAGAUCGGACCUGAACGAGCUGUUCUGUCAAGAUCUGCCCGAGAUGCCGGGCGCGAAGAGAUUCGAGUCGAUAGAAGACAGAGACCGCAUCCGUGAGCUCUGGCCGGCGGGCCAUACGGCAGGUAUCAAGCGUCUCAACGAUUUCCUGGAGAAAAAGGUCCAGACGUACGCCGAGAAUCGCUCCAACCCUGCGGCCGACAACUCAUCGCGGCUCUCGGCCUACUUCUCAGCAGGCGUCAUCUCGGUCCGGGAGGCUCUGUCUGCCGCCAAAAAAGCCAACGGCGGGUCGACAGAUUUUUCGCAAUCCGGGUCCGACGCCGGCAUCUCGUCGUGGGUCCGGGAGAUCGUGUUCAGAGAGUUCUACAGACAGAUGAUGGUCGUGACGCCGCACAACAGCAUGAACCUUCCGCAGAACCUCAAGUUCGACUUUGUGAACUGGGAGGAGGACGACGACGGCCUCAAAGCCUGGUACGACGGCAAGACGGGCGUCCCGUUCGUGGACGCCGGUAUGCGCCAGCUCGGACACGAGGCGUACAUGCACAACCGGCUCCGCAUGAACGUGAGCAGCUAUCUCAGCAGGAAUCUCCUGAUCGACUACAGGAAGGGCGAGAGGUGGUUUGUGGAGAACCUGGUCGAUUGGGAUCUGUGCAACAACACGCAGGGCUGGGAGCCGAGUUACACCGUCUUCAACCCCGUUGCGCAGGCGGAGAAGUGCGACCCUCACGGGGAUUACAUCAGACGCUGGGUCCCGGAGCUGAAGGACGUGAAGGGGAAAGCAGUAUUUGAUCCUUACCACCGGCUGAGCGAGGACGAAUUCGAAAAGUUGGGAUACCCGAAGCCGAUUGUGGAUUUUAAAGAGAGCAAAGCCAGGUGUGUUCAGAGGUACAAGCAGGAUAUGGCGGAUGCUGAUCCAUAGAAAUGCCUUUUGUAUAUCUGACAGAUGAAAUUUGGCGGUACUGAUUGCAGAUCUGUGAGGUGCACAUAAAACAUUAUAACAAGUUUGUUUAUCCCAUACGGCAGUGAAUUGUUGUUUUAGACAGCAUGAAAAUCAUGCAAAAGAAGAAGGCAUAGUUGAUGUCGUGUAUUGGUAAUGAUUUCGACGUAAGCCACUUAAAGAAUGUACUAUGUGAUAUAUUGGCAAAGACUGCAUGAACGCAAGUGUAUAUCCGUUACCCAUUACCAAAAGAAAGAAAAAAAAGCACCAAGCUUUAUCAUAGUUGGCUCUAAUGCUCACCAUGUAAUACCCAGUUCCUUACUGAGUAGUAUGAUGAG